AUGUGCGAAUCUUCCUGUCCUCUCCAUGGGGAUACUUUGGCCUCAUUCACGGAAGAACAUGGUAGCCCACCUCCUGACCCAAUCCAGCAUCAGGGACUGCAACCUAAUGCCGAGAAACUCGUGUACCCAAUCGGAUACUACGGUCAGAUUUACGACCCUGAUGACAUUAAUGAGGUCCAGAAUCUCUACAAAGACAGACUUGCUGUGAGAGAACAGAUUGACUGGGAGUGUCGUCGGAUUGGUCUACGACUGAUGCGUCUACGAGAACUACAGGCGCUCAGACGACAUGUCGAUGGUGGGCCAUCUGAAUGCUCCUCUGUAUCUUCUAGAACCUCCUCCGAGGAAGGUGAUAUCUAUGGCUCACUCUGGAACUGGAAAAACAGUGAUGGUGACUUGCUGGAGGAAAUUCGCGACCUGAAGCUGAAGAGCAAGGAGGAUGAGGAGGGCCUUUGA